CCUAGAGAGAGAAAGAGAGUUGUAGAGAGAGAAAGUGAGUAGUACUAGAUAUGGUGUUUGAAGCUCUGUGCUAAUCUUCUCUGACUGUUUCUUUUCUCAACCUGGGACUGAGUGAUUUUUUCCCUUUUUUGGUGGUCAGGUCAGAUAAAUGAUGGAUUUUUCAGAGUCUACAAAGAUUUUAUUCAAUAGGAUUCAGGAAAUAGAGCCAGAGAAUGUCACUAAGAUUAUAGGCUAUCUCCUUUUGCAAGACCAUGGUGAGCAAGAAGUGGCAAGAUUAGCUUCUGCUCCUGAGGCUUUGAUUUACCAAUUCAUUUUGAAAGCCAAAUCUCACCUCCAACAAAUAUCCCUCCCAUCUCCUAUUCCAUCAUCACCUUCCUCUUUCUCUCCGAUUUUCUCGCCUUCUUCGAAUUCGCGGCCCUUUUCAUCCUCAACCUUCCAUUCUUGGGAUCAUAAUGCUUCCAAACACCACAACAACAACAACAACUCGGAGUUUUUGCCAUUGGAGCUGCCAAAACAGGCUCAGUUUCUGAGCCUGGAGGACCAAAUUGAGCAAAUAAAUUCUGGGGUCUCCGGAUUUCCAUCUCCCAAUGAUGUUUACUACCCGGAUUCCGGUAUCGGGUGUUUGAACUCUAGACCAAGUAGGAGAUCAAUUUCAAGCCUUUCUGAGUUCCCAAUCAAGACUUGUCACUAUUUCCUCAAAGGGUUUUGCAAGCAUGGGACUAGCUGCAGGUACUUUCAUGGGCAUCUGGCUCCAGAGAAUUUCUCUCAGGUGCACGGAAAUGACUCUUUUGGUGAUGACCAUUUGUUCUCACCUGGCUCACUUGAGCAGCUUGAGGUGGAAAUAAUCGAGCUUCUCAAGUCGCGAAGAGGGAACCCCGUUUCGAUCGCUUCUUUGCCCGCUAUGUAUUACGAGAAGUACGGGAAGUAUCUGCAGGCUGAAGGGUACUUAACUGAGAGCCAGAGACAUGGAAAGGCUGGUUAUAGCUUGACAAAGCUGCUUGCUAGAUUGAAGAAUAGUAUUAGGCUCAUUGAUAGCAGGCCUCAUGGACAACAUGCUGUCAUUUUGGCUGAAGACUCUCAGAAAUUCUUUGACAACAGGAGUGAAAAGAGUGAUCCUGGUCCAAUUGUAAGCGGGUCGAGGCAGAUAUAUCUGACAUUUCCUGCUGAGAGCACUUUCACUGAAGAAGAUGUCUCGAACUACUUUAACACCUUUGGGACUGUUGAAGAUGUGAGGAUUCCUUGCCAACAGAAAAGGAUGUUUGGUUUUGUAACCUUUGCCAUUGCAGAUACAGUUAAGAUGAUUUUGGCAAAAGGAAAUCCCCAUUUCGUUUGCGGGGCUCGUGUUCUCGUGAAACCUUACCGAGAGAAAUCAAAGCUUGUUGAUAGAAAGUAUUCAGAUAGAUUUGAGGCACCGGUAUAUUAUUCUCCACAUUAUUCUGACAUGGAAGCUGAGUUUCAUUCAAUCUCAAGAAGCUAUGAGAACUCUAGAUUGCUGAGGAGGCAGUUCAUGGAACAGCACGAACGGGCACUCGAACUCGAAACGAGGCGACUUUCAGGGAUGCACCUGGCAGGGAAGCCUGUGAACAAUCAACCCUUUUUUGGCUACUCCAUGGAUGAGCUUAAAGUCUCAGAAGAUCAAUUCACUUUGCCAUCCACAGACCAGGUCAGUCGUCUGUUGGAUGUUUUAAACUGUGGCUCCACAAGUGAUGACAAGUUCAAGCAUACAGACACCCAUUUCACUGACCAAGAAAGCCAAGCACUUAAUCUCCCGGAUAGCCCAUUUGCAUCUUCAAUAGCUAGUGGAAUCUCAACAGUUAUAUAGGUCUGGAAACACACAGAAGAAUAAGAUUUAUAGAGUUAAGAGUACUGGUUCAAAGGCAAUCAUUUUCAGUUAGACACAGGACAGCUAUCUUUCUUUCCCUUUCGUCGGCUUUCAUCGAUCGCCCCAGUCAGAGUUUUUCUGCAAGAAGUACAUAAAGAAGAAUGAACACCUGAAGAAUUCCCCUUCCCUUGAAGGACUUUGCAAAGAGGAAAUAUGAUACAUAAAGAAGGUAUAUAGAUAUAUAUAUAUAUAUAUUUAUAAUAACUAUAUAAUAUAAGAAAGAAUCUUUACAGUUUCUAAUGUUGACCACAGAAAGAAAGCAAGAAUUUCUGAAUGUUUUUAGAAGAGGGCUGAUGUAAUUUUAGUCUUUUUUUUAGUAGCGAGUUUACAUGCAGUGUCUAGGGAGGUUAAAACACAUUGUGUUUAAACUCUCUUGUAACACUUGAGAAAUAUAGAUUUUAAAUAACUUAAAAAGGAGAAAAGGUUUAGUAAACAUCAGCUUAUACAU